GAGGACGCGCCCUGGGCGGCGGCCGCGAGCCGCGCGUCGGGCCGCCGUGGGGCGGCGAGCGGCGGCGGAGCCGGCAGCUGGGCCCCGCGGUUGCGGCUCCGCGGCCUGCCCUUCGGCGCCGUGGUGGAGGACGUGCGGGGGCUCUUCGAGGGCUUCGCGCUCGCAGAGGGGCCGCGGGGCGAGGUAGAGCUCCUGCGCGGCGCCGCGGACGGCCUGCCCACGGGCCAGGCGCUGGUCUACUUCCGCGACUGGGAGGAGGCGUGCAGGGCCCGCGAGGUGCUACAGCGUUCGCCCCCCGCGCCUGGAGGAACAGCUGGCUACCCAGGCGUAGGCGACAACAUUCGGUAUUGCCCAUUCUGGCUCAAAUACCCUCUUGCCUUUUUGAAAAAGCUCAGACAAGCUUUUCAUGGUAUCGGAACCUGUGGUUCUCCCUACGGGUUCCACAGCAGAGAUGGCAUUGGCGGCUGUUGCGGCGACCCCAGCAGGCCCCGGCAACAACGACCCAGUCUACAAUGCAUCGUUAAUUGAACUGGUGAGGACCACAAGAAGUCAGACACAUUCAGGUUUGUCACUCUCGUCUGUAAGAACUGGUGCUCCGAGGAGACGCCGACAUGAUCAAAGUAGGAACCAAUUAGAAUAUGGCAGGCGCUCUAGCAACACAUUAGCAAAGGUGAUCGGUCUUUGUGCGUGCGAGGCACCAAUCAACACCUCGCUAGCGGAAGACGAGCUGGCACCCACAGAGCGCAGCUCAAUCCAUUUUUGGGUUGCCAUCGUGUGCCGUUGUUCUGGAGAUUUGAGUUCAGGAUCGGUUGAGACCCAGGUGCUUGCCAAUGCGAUUUAGCGUACACUGCAGAAAAUGUGGACCGUCAUGCGCGGCUCAAAUCAUAGUCGUUUUGCUUGCGCUAGUUUCGCACGACUCGCUUUUUAUAUAAUAUCUUGACAUGUCAGGUUGGAGACCUGGCCUCUGCACGCCGCUCACUUGCCAAACUCGCUCUACUUUCACUCCGCACACUCCGCUUCUGGCUGCGUAGUUACUUCCGGUGUGUUUCACGGCCUGAUACGGCAAAGUGGGUGGUAAAGUAUUCGCCCCGCGCCUCGAGGAACAUAUGUUUAAACAGGCGACAGCGUUCGGUAUCGCCCUUUUCGCUCAAGUACAAUGUUGCCAUCUCCGGACAACUAUCCAGCCAUCUGGGGAUGGGGG